UGCAGUCGCAGCCGCUCCUUCUGUUUCCUUUGAACAUCACCACCCUAAAAGCUGUUUGACAUGGCCCAGAGUAAGGAACAGCGGAUCUUGGAUUUUGUGCAGCAGAAUGCAGUUCGUGGGGACCCCCAAAGCGUAAUUGACCAUAUCGAUGAAUACUGCAGUAAAAAGGAGUGGGCAAUGAAUGUGGGUGAUGAGAAAGGUCUGAUUCUGGAUCAAGUACUUAAAGAGACCGAGCCAUUGGUGGUACUGGAACUGGGCACUUACUGUGGAUACUCUGCUAUCCGCAUAGCUCGGCUGCUGAAGCCCAGCGCUCGACUACUUACUGUGGAGAUUAACCCAGAUAAUGCUUCCAUUGCCAAACAAAUGAUUGAAUUUGCCGGAGUAGAAAACAAGGUGCAGAUACUUCUUGGCUCCACCGAGACUGUUAUUCCUCAACUGAAGACAGAGCAUGGUGUAAAGCACUUUGAUUUCGUAUUUAUUGAUCACUUUAAGAUCAGAUACGUGCCUGACACUAUAUUACUGGAGGAAUGUGGUUUACUCAGAAAGGGCUCAGUCUUACUCGCAGACAACGUGGUGCAACCUGGAGCACCAGAAUUUCUUAAGUACGUCCGGACAAGCGGUCGAUAUGACUGUACCAACUACCCGGCCCAUGUUGAAUACACGGAUAGAGCAGAUGCUUUGGAAAAGGCUGUGUUUAGAGGGUAGGUUUGCAUCUCAAAGCCCAGUCAAUUUGUACAACACAGUAAGAGUGACAGGCUCUUGCUGGAGAUGCCUUACCCAAAGGGGAACUCUUCUGCUCGUGUUCUGGGACUGCACUGCCCUACAACCUUAUUGGAAAAAAAUAAAGUGGCUGAUGAAUACAGUCAUAUAGGAAUCCUCUAUCCAUAAACUCUGCAUUAGUUCACCUCAAGUAUUGGAAAACCACGGCCUUCCGUCUUGGAAAUGUAAGAAAUAGCACUCAUGGAGAAACUCUCAGGCCAAACUUUGACACAAAUCAUUAACGAAAGUUCUACUGUCUACGAGUUACUAAAGCAAACUUCAGACUAGUCUAUUUUGUCUUAAUAACCCAAUAAUAACUAGUUCUAAUGGCUUUAUUCCACCUUCAUCCAUUCUUCCUUCCCCUUCUCUCAAGCUCCCCGACAGUUGCACAUCAGAGACUCUUGUGUAAGCUCCUUCUAAGAUCAUCUGGUUGUUAUUUGCUUUUUGUGAUUUUGACAUGGAAGUCCCUAUAAUGGAUAAUGUUACUCUCUUGUGAUGAUAACCUUCAUUGAUAUGUUAUUACUUGUCAACCAUAUACAUAUAGAAAUAUCAGAGUAUCGAAUUAUCCUGGAUCAUCUAAUACGCAUUACAAGAUUAUUAAAGCCCUGUGUGUUGUAACAAAAA